AUGGCCAUGGCCGCUGUAACGCCUGGGGCAUUGGGCCUUUCCGACGUGGCCUGUGUGGAGUUUCGGCUGCUGGAUGGCCUUGGCAUCGCCGAGCUGUUGUGCUGCCGCAGCGCCAGCAUGGCCCUGCGCGCUUGCGCAGCGCAGGCGUGGGCGCUGAACCAGGCCAGCGAGCACCUUGUCACUGUGGGCGGUGCCACCGUGCAAGCGCGGGCUGCGGCGCUGCGGCGCUUGGGCUUGGUCGCCGACGGCUGCGACGCGCCGGCCCGGCGGCGCGUGGCGCGGAGGGCGCUGCAGUGCCUGGGGGAUGGGAGUGCGGCUUGCCUCCGCAAGGCAGCGGCCAUCGUGCUGACCCGCUUGAGUGAGCAUUGGGAGGAGAACCAGCCGGGGGUGGCAGUGGUGUUGGAGCCUGCGUUGGCCGAUGAUGAUGUGACCGUGAGCACGAUGGCCGCAAAGGCCCUGGCGUGUGUGGCCCCCAAGAAUGAGGCUGUGGCUGCUGCCCUACGCCAGCUGACGCAUCCGUCGCCAAAGGUGCGGGCUGCAGCCUUGGGUGUGCUAGGGCAGGUGGCAGUGCGGACGCGGCUGGUCGUGCGAAGGGUCAUUGAGAUGCUGGUGGACCUGGAUUGGCAAGUUCGUGCCGCCGCAUGCCGCGCACUGCCCCGUGUGGUGGAGCGAGGCGAGAGCUCGGCGGCGGAGGCCCUGCAGGCCGCGCUGACCAAAGACCUCGAUGGCCGCGUGCGGCGUGCGGCUGCCGGUGCGCUGGUUCAUGUGGUUCCGCAUCCUUCCCUCCCUUUCUUGAUCUUGAAGGCGGAAGAGGCGAAGCAGGUGAAGAGGAAGGCUCCUCCGGGUCCUGUUCGCGUGGGGUCUGAGCGGCGAGACGUGCGGAGGAGGUAG